AUGGGAGUAGAGCACCUGAAGCUGGUCGUGCGGCCGGGCGAGGCCGAGUUCGUGUACGAGGCAUCUCCCUCCCCUUCGGCCCCGGCGCAGCGGGAGCAGGCCGGCCUGCUCCUCGACGACGGCUUCAUGGUGACGAUGGACUACGGCGCGGACGGAGAGGCGCUGGUGUGGCAGGCGCUGUCGCAUCCCAACUUCGAGGGGAUCCACACCAUGGACGCCCGGGCCGAGCUGGCCGCGGACUGCACCGAGGUGUCCUACCUGGAGUGCCCAGGCCUGCAGGACAUCACCACCUCGAUCGACUUCACCGAGGUGGCGGAGGCGGGCCGGCGCCUGGGCGGCUGGGAGGUGGCCGCCUACGGCCCGCUCUUCCUGCUGGAGCUUGCCUUCGGCGACCAGUCGCUCUCCGAGCCGGUGCCCCACCUGAUCGAGAGGGCCGGCGGAGCCCGGACCGUCGGCCUGCACGCGUGGUACCGGAAGGCCGAGGGCGACCCCUGGGCCUCGUUCAAGGUGCUGGUGCAGCGCCGCGGCAACUCUGGCAGCUGGGCGCUGGGGCCCCCGGGCCUCAGCUGGCCGCUGGAGGCCUCGCCGCGACUGUCGCGGCCGCCCUCGGACUGCUGGGGCUUGGACCUCAGCAAGCCGCCGCUGGCGGCCGCGGUGACACGCGCCGCGGCGGCCGUGAGGGCCGGACCCGCCGGCGCCGUGCGCGGUAGUGCGCCGGGCCCCGGCGCGGAGGAGGAGGUCCGGGCGCUGGCCGAGGCGUUUGGCACGGUGCUGAAGGGGGGCAUCCAUCUGGACCAGGAGCACGCUGCCCAGAAGCAGGCCUACCGCGAGAUGCACCUCGCCCUGAUGCUGGCCGACUACUGGCUGCACCUGGCCCGCCUCGUUGGGCCGGAGCGCUGCGCCAACCCUGGCGAGGAUGAGCGCGCCCACUGGCUCUCAGAGGUGCGCUCCCUCGCCGCCACGCGGCGGCUGCCCGAGCUGCACGGGGAGGCCAUGUUCGACCAGGCGACCCGCGGCUCCCUGGUGGCGGCGCACGCCGCUGCCGGCCUCUGCGCCGGCGAGAGUCGCGAGGCUCUCCGCCUGGUGCGGGCGGCCGAAGGGCUCCUGCGGGCGGCGGCGGCGGUGCUCGGCACGCCCGCGCCCACGCCCGCGGCAGGCGGUGGCAAUGGCGCCGCGGACAUGCACGUGGACGGCCAUCCCAUCGCGCUGCUCGACCUCAGCCCUGCUGGUGCGAGCGCGGGCGAUCCCGCUGGCGAGGGCGCCUCGGAGGACGACCCGCUCGACGACAGCUGGGCCGACGGCCUGCGGCGUGCGCCUACGGGCGCGGCGGCCGCGGCAGCAGACGGAGGCAGGGACGACAAGAACAAGCGCCUCCGCGUCGAUGCAGCUGGUGGCGCGGCGGGGUUGCAGGUGGCGCUGGCCGCGGAGCUCGGGGCCCUGGCCUCGAAGCUCGGCACGGCGCCUGGCGACCUGCGCGGGCUCUUCGAGGCCGCGACGACCAGCCACGCGGAGUUCACCGAGAAGGAGGCGGGGCUGCUGCGGCGGCUCGCUGGCCUCUUCGAUUGA